AUGGAAAACUCUCAUGCUAGAGUAAAGACUCUAUUAUCAAAAUUGCGAGAAAAUUUCUGGAUUAUAAAUGAAAGAAGAGCAGUUCGUAGAGAAAUUAAUAAAUGCUUAAGAUGCAAGAGAUACAAAUCCCGGAACAUACAGACCCAACAUAUCGGUUUGCCUCAGGACAGAGUAGAAGAAUCAGCAGCAUUUGAAGUGAGCGGCAUAGAUUUAGCUGAACCACUUACGCUUAAGGGAGGUGAAAAAUGUUGGACAGUUCUUUUCACGUGUGCAGUGUAUCGAGCAAUACACCUCGAACUGACACUGUCACUUGAUACUAGAUCCUUCCUCCUUUGCCUUCGGCGGUUCAUAGCCAGACGAGGCCGACCAAAGGUUAUUUACAGCGAUAAUGGCACUAACCUUGUAGGCGCUGAAAAUUCGCUGCAAAAACUGGAUUGGGAUGUGAUCGAAACAGAAACUUCUAUCCAAAGAAUAACAUGGAAAUUCAUACCACCCUCUGCAGCCUGGUGGGGUGGGUUUUGGGAACGGAUUGUACAAAUGGUGAAAAAACUUCUUAGACGUGUUUUAGGAAAUGCCUGCUUGCACUAUGAAGAGUUAGUUACUAUGUUAUGUGAUUGUGAGGCGGUCAUUAACUCCAGACCUCUUACGUACUUAUCCGAAGAUCCCAAUGUCCUCAUUCCGGUCUCCCCAUCAAUGUUUAUACAAGAUAUUCCGACGAUGGGAGUGCCCGAUUUAGAUCAACUCGACACUACUGAUGUUAAAAGGCGUCUGAAAUAUCGACUAAAUCUUAGACAACCCUUAAGAAACAGAUUUCGCCGUGAAUAUUUAGGCAUAUUAUUACAACCACAGAAGAAAAGCAAUUUUUAUGAAUGA